UGGGAACGGGAGAAAUCACCAAGGGGCGUUUCCAGGAAGAGAGUGGUUACAUUUUCCUGUAAUGGCGGACCAGGCAGAGAGCGAGACCAUCGGAUUCAGCGACAACAGAAUGGCACAGCAGGCGGUGCGGUUCCGCGGCCCUGCCCCAGCACCUGCGCCUGUCCAGACCCCAGUGUUACGAGGCCCACCACCACUCCUUAGGCCACCACCUCCUCCUUUUGGCAUGAUGAGGGGUCCACCGCCACGACCCCCGUAUGCACGUCCACCCUUUGACCCCAACAUGCCACCCAUCCCACCACCAGGAGGCAUGCCACCACCUAUCGGACCUCCUCACUUACAGAGACCUCCAUUCCUUCCCCCUCCCAUCGGUAACCUACCGCCUCCUCCUGGGAUGCUGUUCCCUCCUGGGAUGCCUCCUGUUCCUACAUCUGGAACCCCUGCACUCAACCCUACAGAGGAGAUAUGGGUAGAGAACAAGACGUCGGAGGGGAAGGCGUAUUACUACAAUGCCAGGACCAGAGAGUCAUCGUGGAGUAAACCUGAUGGUGUGAAAAUCAUCCAGCAGUCUGAACUCAACCCUCUUCUUGCAGGGACAGGAGCAAGUGGGGGGGUGACUGCAGCCGCCAGCUCAAGCACCGUCAACACUACAGCCAGCACGGCCGCAGCAGCAUCCUCUACUCAGGCCCUGUCCACAACUCCCUCCCGCACUCUCACCUCCAGUCCAGACUCCCCCUCCCCUUCUGUGACAAUUGCAGCCACUGUUGUAGCAGACCUCACCCCUGUUGCCACGGUAACCUCAACUGUUGGCGUGUCUCCAGUCACUGUGGUGACUGUUUCCACGGUGCCAUCACCUGUUACAGCGGUGCAGACUGUGUCACUUCUGCCUGCGGCCCUGCCUCACAGUGUGGCCCAGCCCACCACUGCCAUACCUGCCUUCCCCCCUGUCAUGGUCCCACCUUUCAGGGUGCCUUUGCCGGGCAUGCACAUUCCUCUACCAGGUGUAGCAAUGAUGCAGAUAGUAGGUGCACCCUGUGUAAAGGCAGGCCCCAGCGCCAACGUUCAUGUUGAUUACAAAUGGGCAACCUGGAAUAUGACUCGCCACAAAAUUACAUAUAAACAAAUGCCUGAUAGAGGCAUGCUUCCUGGUAUGGGCCCGCCUUUAGUUUCCAUGAUGCACCCCCAGCUGGCUCUCUCGGCUGCUCCUGCUUCCAUGGCCGGAUCGUUGCACCUUCCAGAGUGGUCAGAGUACAAAACAGCUGAUGGGAAAACGUACUACUACAACAACCGAACACUGGAGUCCACCUGGGAGAAACCACAGGCCCUGGUGGAGAAAGAAAAAGAAGCAGAAAAACUCAAGGAGCGUUUGGCCCAAGAGGAAGCUGAGGCAAUGGAGAUGGAGGAUGAAGAGAACAAAAAUGAAAACAUGAACAAUGAGAAGGAGGAGCCUAAAGAAGAAGAGAUGACAGAAGAGGAAAAAGCCGCCCAGAAAGCCAGGCCUGUAGCCACCAACCCUAUCCCUGGCACACCAUGGUGUGUGGUAUGGACGGGUGAUGAUCGCGUGUUUUUCUACAACCCCACAACACGGCUGUCCAUGUGGGACCGACCCGAGGAGCUGGUUGGUCGAGCUGACGUCGACAAGCACAUCCAGGAGCCGCCACACAAGAGAGGCCUGGAGGACAGCAAGAAGACAGGUGUGGACAAAGACGCACUCGCAUUCAGAAUCAACAAGGAAGAGCCAGAGUUAGCGAUGGCUACUGAAGAAAAUCUAGAUGAGGAGCCAACAAAAGUCAAAAAGAGGAAGAAGGAGGAGCCAAAGGAGGCGGACUCAGAGAAGGAAGCAGCAAUGGAGGCAGAACUCAGAGCUGCCAGAGAAAGAGCCAUAGUGCCUCUGGAGGCCAGGAUGACCCAGUUCAAAGAAAUGCUGCUGGAAAGAGGGGUGUCUGCAUUCUCAACUUGGGACAAAGAGCUUCAUAAGAUUGUGUUUGACCCUCGUUACCUUCUGCUCAACCCAAAAGAAAGAAAACAGGUGUUUGAUCAGUAUGUGAAGACGCGAGCAGAGGAGGAGAGGAAGGAGAAGAAGAACAAGCUGAUGCAGGCCAAAGACGAGUUCAGGAGGAUGAUGGAAGAGGCUAAGUUCACACCCAGAACAACGUUUAGUGAAUUUGCGAUGAAGCAUGGCCGUGACCCGCGAUUCAAGACCAUAGAGAAGAUGAAGGACAGGGAGGCCAUCUUUGUGGAAUUUAUCACCGCUAUGAGGAAGAGGGAGAAAGAGGACUCCAAGUCCAGAGGAGAGAAGGUGAAGUUAGACUUCUUUGAUCUCCUGAAUGAACAGCACAUAGAGGGAGGCCAGCGAUGGAGCAAAAUUAAAGAGAGGCUAGAGACGGACCCACGAUACAAGUCUGUGGACAGCUCUGCACUCAGAGAAGAACUUUUCAAACAGUACAUCGAGAAACAAGCCAAGAACGUGGACAUCGACAAGGAGCGAGAGUUGGAGCGGCAGGCUCGUAUCGAGGCCAGUCUCAGAGAGAGGGAGCGUGAGGUUCAGAAGGCCCGAUCAGAACAGACCAAAGAGAUCGACCGAGAAAGGGAGCAGCACAAGAGGGAGGAGGCCAUCCAGCAUUUCAAAGCGCUCAUGUCUGAUAUGGUACGUUCUUCAGAUGCAACGUGGUCAGACACGCGUCGUAACCUGAGGAAGGACCAUCGUUGGGAGUCGGCUUCACUGCUGGAGAGAGAGGAGAAGGAGAAGCUGUUUAAUGAACACGUAGAAGCUCUGGCCAAGAAGAAGAAAGAACAUUUCAGGCAGCUUCUGGAUGAGACUAGCAUGAUCACCUUGACAACUAGUUGGAAGGAGGUGAAGAAGGUCAUCAAAGAGGAUCCUCGCUGUAUUAAGUUCUCUUCCAGUGACAGAAAGAGACAACGUGAGUUUGAAGACUACAUCAAGGACAAGUACAUCACGGCCAAAGCUGACUUCAGAACGUUGCUAAAGGAGACAAAGUUCAUCACGUACAGGUCAAGGAAGCUUAUCCAGGAGUCAGAGCAGCAUCUGAAGGACGUGGAGAAGAUCCUUCAGAAUGACAAGCGUUACCUUGUUCUGGAGUGUGUCCCAGAGGAGCGCAGGAAGCUCAUUAUGUUCUACAUUGAAGACCUAGACCGCCGCGGGCCGCCACCUCCCCCCACGGCCUCUGAGCCCACCAGACGCUCUACCAAGUGACAAGUCGCGUCACCAACUCGGCCAGUGUCCUUCACGUCCUUGCCCUCCACUCGGCCAGAGCAUGACAUCCCCCCAACAUCCCCCUCAUCCCCGCCCUCCUGGCCAGUGGCUGGCCUUGCAGUGUUAUGACUGGGGGUUAUGUUGCUUAGAGAUGUACCAGAGAAAUGAAUGGUAAAGGUCUCUGUGUUAUGUCGCCUCUUAGCCGUGAAUUAGCCCUGCAUUCAACACUACAGCAGGGAGCAGAGGUUACCUGAUCUCAAGGUGACCCUUGACCUCUCACCUCUGACUGACCACAUUUGAGGGAGAGAGGGAUAGUGAUGAGGCUGCUGCCCAGGCAGCCACAGAGGUGUAAGAUAACCGAUGUAAAUGAAGAGGAGCGUGUGUGGGAGUGUGUCUGUGAGUGUGUGUGUAUGCAUGUGUCUGAGGCGUCCUUAAGCCUUACUUCUCCACUGUGCCACUUACCAAUUCAGCGGCUCAGUGUGAAUGUUAGUUUCUGCUCAGUGGUUUACUCCGAUGUUGCAGCAGUUUCUCUGUUGAAUAAAUAAAGGCAACUUCCACUGUUUUUCAA